AUGUGGGGGGGUGGGUUUGGGGCACCCCUCCGGGGUGGCGGCGGCUGCCCGGGGGGCUGCGAGUGCGACCGGGAGAGCGCCCUGUGCCGAGGGGGGGCCGGGGGGAUCCCCCGGGGGCUCCCCCCCCGCCUGGCCACACUGUCACUGGUUCGGUGGCACAUCGAGGUCCUGGCCGAGGGCAGCUUCCGCCACACCCCGACCCUGCAGCUGCUGUUGGUCACUGCCGGGAGCUUGGGGACCAUCGGGGACGGGGCCUUUGCUGGACUGGUGUUACUGGAGUACCUGUUCAUCGAGGACAACGAGGUCGGGACCAUUGAACCCACCGCCCUGCGGGGCCUCCGGGGGCUCCUGUUCCUGAGUUUGGCCAACAACCACCUGGAGACGCUGCCUCAGGGGCUCUUCCAGGGGCUGGAGACCCUGAGCCACCUGGACCUGCGGGGGAACCCGUUCCACUGUGAUUGUCGCCUGCGGUGGCUCCUGUCGUGGCUGGGGACAGUCCCCUCCUCCCCUGAGACUGCUGGGCGCUGCCGCAGCCCCUCCCCCCACCAAGGGACCCCCCUUGCCCACCUGGACCCCCAGGACUUCCAGUGCCAGCGGGCAGAGCUCCGGCCAUUCCAGUCCCUGCCCUUCUCAUCCCUGGGGGCCGAGUCUUUCACGCUAGGGGGGCACCAGGGGGUGGCCCUGGCCCAGCCCUUUGCCGGUGCCUGCGCCCUCCUGGAGUGGGACCAACUGGCUGGGAGGUUCCGGGCCCCCACCAUCAUCAACAGCUCCUCCCCAGUGGCCUGCCACCCGCUGCCCCUUGGUGGGUCCCUCUUGGUGGUGGUGGCCCAGCUCCGGGGUGGUUCCUGGGUCUGGCGCCGCUCUGGUGGCCCCGGGGCCACCUUUGUUCGCCACCAGAGCCUCGGAGCGGGGCGGCUGCGUCGCCCCCACGCCGUGGCCACCGCCCGUCUCGGGGGCCACCUGUACCUGGGCGUGGCCGACAGCUCCAAGGGUGGCACCAGCACCGUGUUCCGGUGGGGUGGGCGCGGCUUCUACCCCCACCAGACCCUCCGGGCGUGGCACCGCGACACCCACCUGGAAUUCCUGGAGCUGGGCGGGCGCCCAGCACUCGUGGUGUGUUCAGGGGCCAGGAGACCCCUCGUGUACCGGUGGAGCGGGGGGGUCUUCACCCCCCACACUGACAUCCCCCACGUACCCGACGUGUACGCGGCGAAGCACUUCCGGCUGAGGGGACACGUAUUCCUGUGCCUCACACGGUUCCUGGGGGACGCCAAGGUGAUGCGCUGGGAGGGCUCCAUGUUCCGGGAGAUCCAGCAGGUCCCGGCUCGGGGGUCGAUGAUCUUCCAGCCACUGACCUUGAGUGGCCACCGCUACGUCCUGCUGGGCAAUGACUUUGCCCUGAGCCGCGUGUUCCGCCUGGGCCCCGAGGGGCACCUGGAGCCCACCCAGGAGCUGCUGGUGCCCACCCCCCGCGCCUUUGUCCCUGUCACCAUUGGCCAAUGGCACUUCCUUGUGGCCUCUAGCUUCAAAGGGGCCACCCAGAUCUACCAGCACAUGACCAUAGACCUCGAGGCAUGAGAGGACAUGGGGACAUCAACCAUCAUGUCACCAUGGACUGAUCACUUGAGGGAUGGGGGGACACCAUGUGACCAUGGACCUGGUCACCUGAGGGACAUGGGGACAUCAUCCCCCUCACCAUCAUGGACCUGGUGCCACCAUCCCCCUGAUGACCCCAUUGGCCUCGUGUUCCCUCCUGGUGUCAUCACUGCCCUGAUGUCCCCAAGGCCACCACCUCACCUUGUCCCCUCCUUUUGACACCACUGCCACAAUAUCCCCAAGGCCACCAUCAGCCUGAUGUCACCACUGAACUUGUGUCACUUCCUGCUAUCACCAUGGCCCUGAUGUCCCCUGUCCCCUCCUGGUGCCACCACCAACUCCAAAGCCACCUUCAACCUGAUGUCACCAUUGGCCCAAUUUCAUCUUUUGGUGCCACCAAUGCCCUGAUGUCCCCAAGGCCGCCGUAACCACAGUAUCACCACUGGCACAAUGUCCCCUCCUGGUGCCACCACCAACCCUAUGUCCCCAAGGCCAUUGUCCCCGCAGUGUCACCAUUGGCCUUGUGUUCCCUCCAUGUGCCACCCUCAACCCUGUGUCCCCAAGGCUCCUGUCACCACAAUGUCACCAUUGGCCUUGUGUUCCCUUCAUGUGCCAUCCCCAACCCGAUGUCCCCAAGGCCACUGUCACUGCAAUGUCACCAUUGGCCUUGUGUCCCCUCCAUGUGCCACCCACCGUCCCCAAAGCCACCAUCAAGCUGAUGUCCUCUUCUGGUGCCACCAUCCCCCUGAUGUCCCUGAGGCCACUAUCUACCCAUGUCACCUGGUCCCCUCCACGUGCCACCCCCCCAGCACUGUCCCCUGUCCCCCCUGAUGUCCGCCAAGUGCCACCACCCCCCAAGAACCAAAUUACCUCUUUUUUUUUUAACCUUUUUUAUUAAUUUUCCCCAUUUGUUGGGCUGUUUUUGGGGGGUUCCACCCCAAAAUAAACCCGUCCCUCCCCCCUC